GCAACACUCCGGGCGCGCGGAUAGAGAAGUUCAGGGAAAAACAAGAAGAACUCAAGUGCGCGCAUCGCAUGUGUCGCGAGUUUUUCAGGAGGAAGUGGACCUCCUCCACCGGGGCAGCAUCAUCUUCCGACGCGGCAGCAGCUUCUUCGUCAGGAGAUCUCGUUCAUCCUAGUGCAGGGGAACAAGGAGGUUCAUGCAGGAGCAGCAUUUUGGAGCCCAUAAAUGCGCUAACUCUGUUUCGCUGCAGGCCCCCCGCCGGCAUGACCAAGCCGGCUGCGCCAAGUGCUCCUGCGACGGAUGGUGGGUCUCCUGCAGUAUCCUCUGGCAGCUUCUACUGCAACUUCGGUGAAGAUGUUGAAAAAUCCUCAUCGCAGCUAUUCAACCGACACCUCGGCCUCGUCGACCCAUUUUUGGACGAAGCUUCGUCGCGGCUGGACGAAUUGCGCGACCUUGGGCUGUAUGCAUUACAUACAAAUAUGUCUGGGUCCGGAAGAGUGCAAGACUUGUCAUGCUAGUCUGGCAUGACGCUGAGCUCUGUAUUGCGUGGCCAGCGAGAGGUCCUCUUGUCUGUCGUGCAAGAAGGCUGUUUGUCAUGCGGAUUACGCAACAUGGAGCCACAGAAAAAUUUGUCUUGCUUGGCGGCGCAUCACCAUGCGCUUUCUAUUCACCGACAUGCAUCACAGGUUUCCAGACCCAGACAUAUUUUUUGCACUCGAUAGGGAGACGCUGGAGGCCGGGUUUGCCGAUCCAGGGGACCGCGAGCGCGCUAUCAAAAGGAAAAAUCCCCCCUCCCCAUAUCGACACGAAGUUUCUGAUGCUGGAUUUGCUUACACAAAUCGGAUCUCUCUUGCAGUCGAGGACUGCAAGCCCAUAUCAAGCCCGAGUAGAGAGGUGCUGGCCUAGGUGCUUAGCAUGCGACAGGCCUAUGCUAUAGGCCCAGUAGCAUCACAAACCGCCUACAUAAUGCGGCGGGGCCUGUGGGGUUGCCUCUUUGCAAGACAGGGACGAUUUGUGGUCACAAAUCAGCAUGGCAAAUUUUCUGAAGUGUGUCUUUUCGAUAUGGGGAAAGGGGAUUUUUUCUUACGAUACGCGCCGAGGAAUUGGCCGCACUGGACCCGUGUGGGGCGCGAUUGCUGGAAUUGGAACGCCGCGUGGAUGAGUGCCUCAACUUCUACGUUCCCCCGGACGGAGGUUCUUCGGUUGAUGAAGGUGAGCCCGAGGGUGAAUCUGUGCCUGAGGUGGGAUGGCAUGCUCGCCUGUUUGGGUCGGAAUACGACCCGUCAUCGGGGGACGACCCGUCGUCGGACGACGCUCGAAACGACCCGUCGUCGGACGAGGAAGACUGAGGAUGUCAAAAAUUAUGCAUGGGUCGGAAUACGACCCGUCGUCGGACGAGGAAGACUGAGGAUGUCAAAAAUGCAUGCAAAGACCGUUGACGCAUGUGCGUUCUUCUACAAGGAAAUCGAACGCGUUAUUAGAAAUUUAGAUAAUUUUUCCGAGAGCGCUGAUGCAGCGGUUUACUGAUAGUGUAGUUCUGCUUUGUAGUUUUCCCCUGUCCUUUUGAGCAGCCGUUUGUUCAGAACCUCCACCAAAGUGGGCUAUCUACAAGAGAAAUACCCCUUAUUUGACUUGUUCUGCACCUGCAGUGAAGAAGUCUGAAAAAUUUUAAUUGUCAUCUGUGCUCUCCUUUUAUUUUGGUGCGGGGAGAAAGAGCAUUACACAUAAGCAACACGAUGUUGGCUUUCUUGCACAUGAUGGGGAUUUGGAAGAACAUACAAGAAUGUUUUGAUGUUGAUAAACAUACUACGUGAUAUUAUGAGAUGGAUUUGGAGAUUGACAUUCAUUGAUAAUAUUCGGUCACGCACCGCAAUUUCUACAUAUUGCAUUCGUACUAGUAGCAACAUAGCCUUCAUUGUUUGUGGAAUUUAUAAAGAGAACGUAUCUUCAUCAUGCAAAGAAUAGCGCAAGCCCUUGUUGUAGAUAUCAUAUACAUACACUCAUCAUCGGUGUUGGUGUCCACCAGUUCUGUUGUUUCUUUUUAAUGCGAAGAUAUGCGAUGCUGCACGCUUGUGCCGUGUUGGAACCAAUCGCAUGAAAACACGGAAAGAAGAUAAAGGCCGGGGAUAUUUUUAGACAGGUCGGAGAACGACCACAGGUCUCUGUACUUGAAGCAUAUUGAAGACAGCCGUUUGUCCUCAAGAAAAAACACCUGAAUUCGCACUGCACGACCAAGAUUGAAGCAAACGGAACGCCAAAC